AUGACGGAGUUUUGUGACGAUGUUAUCAAGCUGUUUCCGCUGCGUGCGAUUCCGGACGUAAUAAAGCUGUUUCGCCAGCAGCUGAACAACCGCGAGGAGGAACCGGACCUCACGCUGCUCUCAAUCGUAACCGGACUGAUCGAACACUCGCUCACUACGAAGGUCCUCGAGUCAAGCUCGGCGUCAUCGUCCUCAAACAACAACAACAAUGUCGAAGGUGGAAAGGCACCACCAGGAACGGGUGCCGAAGGGGCGGGCAACUUCCCCAUCAUCAAGUACGACGCCGUCGAGGGUUUGUACAAGCGAUUCAAAACCGUGCUAGCUCCGAUCGAGAAGCUACUGGUGAAAACGACGACCGAUUCCAAGUUCGCGAGCCGCGAGAUCAUUAAGAAGGUAUCCGAUAUCAUCUGGAACUCGCUGUUACGCAGCUCGUACAAGGAUCGGGCGCAUCUGCAAAGCCUGUACAGCUACCUAUGUGGGAAUAAGCUGGACUGUUUUGGUGUCGCGUUCGCCGUCGUUGCGGGUUGCCAGAUGCUGGGCUACCGGGACGUUCAUCUGGCUAUAUCCGAGGACCACGUGUGGGUCGUGUUUGGCAAGACGGGCGAGGAAACAAUCGAGGUCACGUGGCAUGGCAAGGGUGCGGAAGAUAAACGUGGCCAAUCGGUUGCUCCUGGCAUCGAGUCGCAGACGUGGUUGUACGUGGCGGGAAAUCCGGUCGUGUGCAACCGCUAUAUGGAGGUGGCAGCGAUCGUAUCUGCCAUCAAUCCUUCGCUCACGGCCACCAGCGCAUGUCUGGAGGUAGCUGAUCUGCAGCAGCAGCUACUGUGGCUGCUGUACGAUAUGGGUCAUCUCAAGAAAUACCCGAUGGCGCUAGGGUGCUUAGGUGAACUGGAAGAGGUGGAACCUACGGCUGGUAGGAAAAGCUGUGAGGAGCUAUACAACGAGUCCGUGAGAUCGGCGCAGUCGUUCUAUCGGAACCAUCACGUUUAUCCGUACACGUACCAGGGCGGAUAUUACUACCGGAAGAACAUGUACCGGGAUGCGUUUGCUUCUUGGGCAGAUAGCAGCGACGUUAUUCGAUUGUACAAUUAUUCGCGCGACGACGAGGAAAUAUACAAAGAGUUCCUUGAUAUUGCGAACGAGCUGAUCCCGCAAGUGAUGAAGCUAGAGAGCUCGGGGCACUCGGCAAAGAGCAUCCUGCGCGAUUCGUCCUGCUUUGCCAACCUGUUGCGCUUCUACGAUGGGAUCUGUAAGUGGGAGGAGGGCAGCCAAACGCCCAUCCUGCACAUCGGCUGGGCCAAACCGCUGGUGGCUACGAUCGCGAAGUUCGAUCAUGACAUACGCUCGCAGGUGAUCAUCAAAUGUGCCGAUCAGGAGCCGCAGGCCCAACACGUCCCGCUACAGAAUGGCCUGGAGAAUGGUUGCAAGAACGGAGGAGACGAUUCGUCGCUAGAAAAAGGAUUGCAUGCGCACAACAAUAAUAAUAUCGCGAAAGCGGACGCUAAUUUCGUCAAUGGUGGGCGCAAUAAUGGCACUAGUAUUGCGAAGGGCAGCAAUGGAUCGACGAUCGCGACUUCGCUACCGAAAUCACUGGAAGCGUUGGUGGGGAAAUGCGGCGAAAAGCUGUUAAAUCCGGAAUUUCUCCUACAAGGCGGUGGGCAACCAUUCACCUCGGAGGAAAGCACGCCAUCGUCGGACGGUGAGACUGCUCCUACGGCAACGGUUGAAGCAAAGGAUGCGAUCCCAGAACGUAAUGGGAAACGUGAGGAAGAGUCGCCGCACGAGACACGCGAUGUGCCAGAAAAACAUGCUCCAGCAGAAGAAAAGAAUGCGGACGAUCUGGAACCGAAGCGUCCCGUCAUUGUGCUGUACAGUCAGAAAAUGAAGGGCCUGAAGGAUCUACUAUUAACGGAGAAGCUGAACACGAACGCGAUUUCGCUGCAAAUUACGGCACAAAGCCAGGUGCAGGUAGGUGGGAAGAAGCUUCGGGGAUCCCAGGCCUCGUUGGGCGUCGGAUCGAUAGGCAGUACCGGUGGGACAUUGCUGACAAGCGAUGGCGUCGAGGGAAAUACCCGCCCGAAGCGAGCUAGACGAGAAUAA